AUGCACCGGAUUUGUGUGGUCUUCGCAGUGGCUCUGCUGCUAGCCGAUGUCGUGCUGUCCGAAGAAGCAACCGCGAAGCAAAGGUCUCGGUUUCGCCGUCAGUACUAUGAUUACGACAGAUACAGAAAUCGCGGCUACGGACGCUAUGACGGCUACGGAGGAGGAUACGGCGGAGGAUACGGAGGAGGCAUCGGUGGCUUUGCGCGUGACUUGUACGGCCUGGGAAGAGGCUUAGAAAUGCUUGGAGAAUUAGGAAGUAUGGCAGCAAGGAUUUUAUGA